CAACACUGUAGUCCCUUCCUCAAACAACCUACCAACCGUCAUCAGAUCUUCGACUUCCGCUUUGGGAAAUUACAACCAGCACAACACCAAGGCGAACAAGGCACGCGAAAAACGCCGUCGGCAGUCCUUCUCUCACUCCAACACCUACUUUCAAUCAACACAUCUCAUCAUGCCUCUACAAAUUCAACAUCUCCAACGCCUCAACGGCGUCCCCAUCUCACACUUCACCCGCACGCUCACACGGUCCGGACGUCUCGUUCACUCCAGCUCACGGCAAAAUGUAUCCAUUUCCUCACCGGCGCCAGUCACUGCACAAAUCAUGGCAUCCAGUGCCGUCUCCUCCCAAACACCUCCUAAAGCGGUACUUGCUCGCCUUCCCACAGCCACCGUUCUUCGCUCGUAUCUCAUUGGACGUAUGAGCUCGUCACCAGCAUUGCUUGGUCUUUGCCUGACUGUUCUACGGAAGAUGCUCGAGUCGCGAUCGUAUUUGAUGAGUGUCGAGCGGAAUCCCGUCCUUGCUAAGCUUUUGAGGUCCACAUUCUAUGUACAGUACUGCGUGGGUGAGAACAAGAAGGAGGUACAGCGCAAUACCGAUGUAGUACGACAACUUCUUGGCUACGACGGCAUUAUGCUCGAGUAUGCACUCGAGAUGCUGGAAGGUGGUGCUUCCAAAGCCCCCACAGCUGAAGAGACGGCCCGUGAAGUUGGAGUCUGGCGUCAGGGCAUGUUGGACACAAUCGACAUGUCCAAGGAGGGUGAUUUUGUUGGUCUGAAAUGGUCCGGAUUAGGUCGGGAAGCUCUCCACCUACUCAAAGCCCAACAAGAUCCUACCCCCGAGAUGCUAUCCGCUAUUCAUGCCGCCUGCGAUGCCGCUGCCGCAAAGAACAUUGCCCUCUUGCCAGGUGCCGAAGAAGAAGCGACCAAUGCAGGUCUCGAGAAAUGGAACAAUAUGCUCCAAGCCAAGUACAAUACCAAUGGCCGCGCCAUCAUGUACACAACCUACCAAUGCUACCUCAAAGCUAUUCCCGGCCGUCUCGCCGCAGAUCUCGAGCGCGCCCAAAAGGGCGGCUACACUGCUGGCGUCAAACUCGUGCGCGGCGCAUACAUGGCGAGCGAGCCCCGCAACCUCAUCUGGGACACCAAGUCCGACACCGAUGCCAGCUACGACGCCUGCACCACCGCGCUCCUCAAGAAACAGUGGAACGAUCUCGUCAAGCCUUCCUCCCCAUCAGCGGUCUUCCCGGACAAUGUGAAUAUUAUCCUCGCUACGCAUAACCUCCCCACCCUCCAGAACGCCCAGAAAAUCCGGCAGAAUCAGCUCCUCUCGUCACCUCCGGAGUCCCUACCUAGGCUGUCAUAUAUCCAACUUUUGGGCAUGGCAGAUGAGGUUUCGCAGCAGCUCGUUCAGGCUCCUGGUAAAGCAGCGGAUACCCAGGCCAGGGUCAUCAAGUGCAUGACAUGGGGCACUACUACGCAAUGCUUGAACUUCCUGCUCAGGAGGGCAAGCGAGAACAAAGAGGCUGCUUUGAGAGUUGAGGAUACGAGGAAGGCUAUGGGGUGGGAGCUGUGGAGACGGGCAAAGGGCAUUUUCGGACUGGCUUGA